GCGGCCCGGCGCUCUGCAUAGCGGCCGGCAGGGUGCAGGCGGCCGGGCGGCGCCGAGCGAGUUAGGCAGGUUCCGGGGCCCCGUGCCCCCCCCUCCGCCUCCCCGCCCCCCUGUGUUGUCGCCUCUCCCUCUCGCUGCUUCACUUCACGGGGCGAACAUGGCGCACAGCUGUCGGUGGCGCUUCCCCGCCCGACCCGGGACCACCGGGGGCGGCGGCGGCGGGGGGCGCCGGGGCCUAGGGGGCGCCCCGCGGCAACGCGUCCCGGCCCUGCUGCUUCCCCCCGGGCCCCCGGUCGGCGGUGGCGGCCCCGGGGCGCCCCCCUCCCCCCCGGCUGUGGCGGCCGCGGCGGCGGCGGCGGGAAGCAGCGGGGCUGGGGUUACAGGGGGAGCGGCCGCCGCCUCAGCAGCCUCCUCGUCGUCCGCCUCGUCUUCGUCUUCGUCAUCGUCCUCAGCCUCUUCAGGGCCAGCCCUGCUCCGGGUGGGCCCGGGCUUCGACGCGGCGCUGCAGGUCUCGGCCGCCAUCGGCACCAACCUGCGCCGGUUCCGGGCCGUGUUUGGGGAGAGCGGCGGGGGAGGCGGCAGCGGAGAGCUAACAACACAGAUCCCAUGUAGUUGGAGAACCAAAGGCCACAUACAUGACAAAAAGACUGAACCGUUCAGGUUACUUGCAUGGAGUUGGUGCUUAAAUGAUGAGCAAUUCUUAGGUUUUGGCUCAGAUGAAGAAGUCAGAGUGCGAAGUCCCACAAGGUCUCCUUCAGUUAAAACUAGUCCUCGAAAACCUCGUGGGAGACCUAGAAGUGGCUCUGACCGAAAUUCAGCUAUCCUCUCAGAUCCAUCUGUGUUUUCCCCUCUAAAUAAAUCAGAGACCAAAUCUGGAGAUAAGAUCAAGAAGAAAGAUUCUAAAAGUAUAGAAAAGAAGAGAGGAAGACCUCCCACCUUCCCUGGAGUAAAAAUCAAAAUAACACAUGGAAAGGACAUUUCAGAGUUACCAAAGGGAAACAAAGAAGAUAGCCUGAAAAAAAUUAAAAGGACACCUUCUGCUACGUUUCAGCAAGCCACAAAGAUUAAAAAAUUAAGAGCAGGUAAACUCUCUCCUCUCAAGUCUAAGUUUAAGACAGGGAAGCUUCAAAUAGGAAGGAAGGGGGUACAAAUUGUACGACGGAGAGGAAGGCCUCCAUCAACAGAAAGGAUAAAGACCCCUUCGGGUCUCCUCAUUAAUUCUGAACUGGAAAAGCCCCAGAAAGUCCGGAAAGACAAGGAAGGAACACCUCCACUUACAAAAGAAGAUAAGACAGUUGUCAGACAAAGCCCUCGAAGGAUUAAGCCAGUUAGGAUCAUUCCUUCUUCAAAAAGGACAGAUGCAACCAUUGCUAAGCAACUCUUACAGAGGGCAAAAAAGGGGGCUCAAAAGAAAAUUGAAAAAGAAGCAGCUCAGCUGCAGGGAAGAAAGGUGAAGACACAGGUCAAAAAUAUUCGACAGUUCAUCAUGCCUGUUGUCAGUGCUAUCUCCUCGCGGAUCAUUAAGACCCCUCGGCGGUUUAUAGAGGAUGAGGAUUAUGACCCUCCAAUUAAAAUUGCCCGAUUAGAGUCUACACCGAAUAGUAGAUUCAGUGCCCCGUCCUGUGGAUCUUCUGAAAAAUCAAGUGCAGCUUCUCAGCACUCCUCUCAAAUGUCUUCAGACUCCUCCCGAUCUAGUAGCCCCAGUGUUGAUACCUCCACAGACUCUCAGGCUUCUGAGGAGAUUCAGGUACUUCCUGAGGAGCGGAGCGAUACCCCUGAAGUUCAUACUCCACUGCCCAUUCCCCAGUCCCCAGAAAAUGAGAGUAAUGACAGGAGAAGCAGAAGGUAUUCAGUGUCGGAGAGAAGUUUUGGAUCUAGAACGACGAAAAAAUUAUCAACUCUACAAAGUGCCCCCCAGCAGCAGACCUCCUCGUCUCCACCUCCACCUCUGCUGACUCCACCACCACCACUGCAGCCAGCCUCCAGUAUCUCUGACCACACACCUUGGCUUAUGCCUCCAACAAUCCCCUUAGCAUCACCAUUUUUGCCUGCUUCCACUGCUCCUAUGCAAGGGAAGCGAAAAUCUAUUUUGCGAGAACCGACAUUUAGGUGGACUUCUUUAAAGCAUUCUAGGUCAGAGCCACAAUACUUUUCCUCAGCAAAGUAUGCCAAAGAAGGUCUUAUUCGCAAACCAAUAUUUGAUAAUUUCCGACCCCCUCCACUAACUCCCGAGGACGUUGGCUUUGCAUCUGGUUUUUCUGCAUCUGGUACCGCUGCUUCAGCCCGAUUGUUUUCGCCACUCCAUUCUGGAACAAGGUUUGAUAUGCACAAAAGGAGCCCUCUUCUGAGAGCUCCAAGAUUUACUCCAAGUGAGGCUCACUCUAGAAUAUUUGAGUCUGUAACCUUGCCUAGUAAUCGAACUUCUGCUGGAACAUCUUCUUCAGGAGUAUCCAAUAGAAAAAGGAAAAGAAAAGUGUUUAGUCCUAUUCGAUCUGAACCAAGAUCUCCUUCUCACUCCAUGAGGACAAGAAGUGGAAGGCUUAGUACUUCUGAGCUGUCACCUCUCACCCCCCCGUCUUCUGUCUCUUCCUCGUUAAGCAUUUCUGUUAGUCCUCUCGCCACUAGUGCCUUAAACCCAACUUUUACUUUUCCUUCUCAUUCCCUGACUCAGUCUGGGGAAUCUGCAGAGAAAAAUCAGAGACCAAGGAAGCAGACUAGUGCUCCGGCAGAGCCAUUUUCAUCAAGUAGUCCUACUCCUCUCUUCCCUUGGUUUACCCCAGGCUCUCAGACUGAAAGAGGGAGAAAUAAAGACAAGGCCCCUGAGGAGCUGUCCAAAGAUCGAGAUGCUGACAAGAGCGUGGAGAAGGACAAGAGUAGAGAGAGAGACCGGGAGAGAGAAAAGGAGAAUAAGCGGGAGUCAAGGAAAGAGAAAAGGAAAAAGGGAUCAGAAAUUCAGAGUAGUUCUGCUUUGUAUCCUGUGGGUAGGGUUUCCAAAGAGAAGGUUGUUGGUGAAGAUGUUGCCACUUCAUCUUCUGCCAAAAAAGCAACAGGGCGGAAGAAGUCUUCAUCACAUGAUUCUGGGACUGAUAUUACUUCUGUGACUCUUGGGGAUACAACAGCUGUCAAAACCAAAAUACUUAUAAAGAAAGGGAGAGGAAAUCUGGAAAAAACCAACUUGGACCUCGGCCCAACUGCCCCAUCCCUGGAGAAGGAGAAAACCCUCUGCCUUUCCACUCCUUCAUCUAGCACUGUUAAACAUUCCACUUCCUCCAUAGGCUCCAUGUUGGCUCAGGCAGACAAGCUUCCAAUGACUGACAAGAGGGUUGCCAGCCUCCUAAAAAAGGCCAAAGCUCAGCUCUGCAAGAUUGAGAAGAGUAAGAGUCUUAAACAAACUGACCAGCCCAAAGCACAGGGUCAGGAAAGUGACUCAUCAGAGACCUCUGUGCGAGGACCCCGGAUUAAACAUGUCUGCAGAAGAGCAGCUGUUGCCCUUGGCCGAAAACGAGCUGUGUUUCCUGAUGACAUGCCCACCCUGAGUGCCUUACCAUGGGAAGAACGAGAAAAGAUUUUGUCUUCCAUGGGGAAUGAUGACAAGUCAUCAAUUGCUGGCUCAGAAGAUGCUGAACCUCUUGCUCCACCCAUCAAACCAAUUAAACCUGUCACUAGAAACAAGGCACCCCAGGAACCUCCAGUAAAGAAAGGACGUCGAUCAAGGCGGUGUGGGCAGUGUCCCGGCUGCCAGGUGCCUGAGGACUGUGGUGUUUGUACUAAUUGCUUAGAUAAGCCCAAGUUUGGUGGUCGCAAUAUAAAGAAGCAGUGCUGCAAGAUGAGAAAAUGUCAGAAUCUACAAUGGAUGCCUUCCAAAGCCUACCUGCAGAAGCAAGCUAAAGCUGUGAAAAAGAAAGAGAAAAAGUCUAAGACCAGUGAAAAGAAAGACAGCAAAGAGAGCAGUGUUGUGAAGAACGUGGUGGAGUCUAGUCAGAAACCUACCCCAUCAGCAAGAGAGGAUCCCGCCCCAAAGAAAAGCGGUAGUGAGCCUCCUCCACGAAAGCCCGUUGAGGAAAAGAGUGAAGAAGGCAAUGUCUCGGCCCCUGGGCCUGAAUCCAAACAGGCCACCACUCCAGCUUCCAGGAAGUCAAGCAAGCAGGUCUCCCAGCCAGCACCGGUCAUCCCCGCUCAGCCACCUACUACAGGACUGCCAAGAAAAGAAGUUCCCAAAACCACUCCUAGUGAGCCCAAGAAAAAGCAGCCUCCACCACCAGAAUCAGGUCCAGAGCAGAGCAAACAGAAAAAAGUGGCUCCCCGCCCAAGUAUCCCUGUAAAACAAAAACCAAAAGAAAAGGAAAAACCACCUCCGGUCAAUAAGCAGGAGAAUGCAGGCACUUUGAACAUCCUCAGCACUCUCUCCAAUGGCAAUAGUUCUAAGCAAAAAGUUCCAGCAGAUGGAGUCCACAGGAUCAGAGUGGACUUUAAGGAGGACUGUGAAGCAGAAAAUGUGUGGGAGAUGGGAGGCUUAGGAAUCUUGACUUCUGUUCCUAUAACACCCAGGGUGGUUUGCUUUCUCUGUGCCAGUAGUGGGCAUGUAGAGUUUGUGUAUUGCCAAGUCUGUUGUGAGCCCUUCCACAAGUUUUGUUUAGAGGAGAACGAGCGCCCUCUGGAGGACCAGCUGGAAAAUUGGUGUUGUCGUCGCUGCAAAUUCUGUCACGUUUGUGGAAGGCAACAUCAGGCUACAAAGCAGCUGCUGGAGUGUAAUAAGUGCCGAAACAGCUAUCACCCUGAGUGCCUGGGACCAAACUACCCCACCAAACCCACAAAGAAGAAGAAAGUCUGGAUCUGUACCAAGUGUGUUCGCUGUAAGAGCUGUGGAUCCACAACUCCAGGCAAAGGGUGGGAUGCACAGUGGUCUCACGAUUUCUCACUGUGUCAUGAUUGCGCCAAGCUCUUUGCUAAAGGAAAUUUCUGCCCUCUCUGUGACAAAUGUUAUGAUGAUGAUGACUAUGAGAGUAAGAUGAUGCAAUGUGGAAAGUGUGAUCGCUGGGUCCAUUCCAAAUGUGAGAAUCUUUCAGGUACAGAAGAUGAGAUGUAUGAGAUUCUAUCUAAUCUGCCAGAAAGUGUGGCCUACACUUGUGUGAACUGUACUGAGCGGCACCCUGCAGAGUGGCGACUGGCCCUUGAAAAAGAGCUGCAGAUUUCUCUGAAGCAAGUUCUGACAGCUUUGUUGAAUUCUCGGACUACCAGCCAUUUGCUACGCUACCGGCAGGCUGCCAAGCCUCCAGACUUAAAUCCCGAGACAGAGGAGAGUAUACCUUCCCGCAGCUCCCCCGAAGGACCUGAUCCACCAGUUCUUACUGAGGUCAGCAAACAGGAUGAUCAGCAGCCUUUAGAUCUAGAAGGAGUCAAGAGGAAGAUGGACCAAGGGAAUUACACAUCUGUGUUGGAGUUCAGUGAUGAUAUUGUGAAGAUCAUUCAAGCAGCCAUUAAUUCAGAUGGAGGACAGCCAGAAAUUAAAAAAGCCAACAGCAUGGUCAAGUCCUUCUUCAUUCGGCAAAUGGAACGUGUUUUUCCAUGGUUCAGUGUCAAAAAGUCCAGGUUUUGGGAGCCAAAUAAAGUAUCAAGCAACAGUGGGAUGUUACCAAACGCAGUGCUUCCACCUUCACUUGACCAUAAUUAUGCUCAGUGGCAGGAGCGAGAGGAAAACAGCCACACUGAGCAGCCUCCUUUAAUGAAGAAAAUCAUUCCAGCUCCCAAACCCAAAGGACCUGGAGAACCAGACUCACCAACUCCUCUACAUCCUCCUACACCACCAAUUUUGAGUACUGAUAGGAGUCGAGAAGACAGUCCAGAGCUGAACCCACCCCCAGGCAUAGAAGACAAUAGACAGUGUGCGUUAUGUUUGACUUAUGGUGAUGACAGUGCUAAUGAUAGCAGAAUGGUUAAGAGCCCGAGUUCUGCCGCCUGCCUGAAUACAUUUCUGUGCUUAACUGCCUACUUACUGACUUUGGAUGCUGGUCGUUUGCUAUAUAUUGGCCAAAAUGAGUGGACACAUGUAAAUUGUGCUUUGUGGUCAGCGGAAGUGUUUGAAGAUGAUGACGGAUCACUAAAGAAUGUGCAUAUGGCUGUGAUCAGGGGCAAGCAGCUGAGAUGUGAAUUCUGCCAAAAACCAGGAGCCACCGUGGGUUGCUGUCUCACAUCCUGCACCAGCAACUAUCACUUCAUGUGUUCCCGAGCCAAGAACUGUGUCUUUCUGGAUGACAAAAAAGUAUAUUGCCAACGACAUCGGGAUUUGAUCAAAGGCGAAGUGGUUCCUGAGAAUGGAUUUGAAGUUUUCAGAAGAGUGUUUGUGGACUUUGAAGGAAUCAGCUUGAGAAGGAAGUUUCUCAAUGGCUUGGAACCAGAAAAUAUCCACAUGAUGAUUGGGUCUAUGACAAUUGACUGCUUAGGAAUUCUAAAUGAUCUCUCUGACUGUGAAGAUAAGCUCUUUCCUAUCGGAUAUCAGUGUUCCAGGGUAUACUGGAGCACCACAGAUGCUCGCAAGCGCUGUGUAUAUACAUGCAAGAUAGUGGAGUGCCGUCCUCCAGUCGUAGAGCCGGAUAUCAACAGCACUGUUGAACAUGAUGAAAACAGGACCAUUGCCCAUAGUCCAACAUCUUUUACAGAAAGUUCAUCAAAAGAGAGUCAAAACACAGCUGAAAUUAUAAGUCCUCCAUCACCAGAUCGACCUCCUCAUUCACAAACCUCUAGCUCCUGUUAUUAUCAUGUCAUCUCAAAGGUCCCCAGGAUUCGAACACCCAGUUAUUCUCCAACACAGAGAUCCCCUGGCUGUCGACCGUUGCCUUCGGCAGGAAGUCCUACCCCAACUACUCAUGAAAUAGUCACAGUAGGUGAUCCUUUACUCUCCUCUGGACUUCGAAGCAUUGGCUCCAGGCGUCACAGUACCUCUUCCUUAUCACCCCAACGGUCCAAACUCCGGAUAAUGUCUCCAAUGAGAACUGGGAAUACUUACUCUAGGAAUAAUGUUUCCUCAGUCUCCACCAUUGGGACCGCUACUGAUCUUGAAUCAAGUGCCAAAGCAGUUGAUCAUGUCUUAGGGCCACUGAAUUCAAGUACUAGUUUAGGACAAAACACUUCCACCUCUUCAAAUUUGCAAAGGACAGUGGUUACUGUAGGCAAUAAAAACAGUCACUUGGAUGGAUCUUCAUCUUCAGAAAUGAAGCAGUCCAGUGCUUCAGACUUGGCGUCCAAGAGCUCCUCUUUAAAGGGGGAGAAGACCAAAGUGCUGAGUUCCAAGAGCUCAGAGGGAUCUGCACAUAAUGUGGCUUACCCUGGAAUUCCUAAACUGGCCCCACAGAUUCAUAACACAACAUCUAGAGAACUGAAUGUUAGUAAAAUCGGCUCCUUUGCUGAACCCUCUUCGGUGUCAUUUUCUUCUAAAGAGGCCCUCUCCUUCCCACACCUCCAUUUGAGAGGGCAAAGGAAUGAUCGAGACCAACACACAGAUUCUACCCAAUCAGCAAACCCCUCUCCAGAUGAAGAUACUGAAGUCAAAACCUUGAAGCUAUCUGGAAUGAGCAACAGAUCAUCCAUUAUCAAUGAACAUAUGGGAUCUAGUUCCAGAGAUAGGAGACAGAAAGGGAAAAAAUCUUGUAAAGAAACUUUCAAAGAAAAGCAUUCCAGUAAAUCUUUUUUGGAACCUGGUCAGGUGACAACUGGUGAGGAAGGAAACUUGAAGCCAGAGUUUAUGGAUGAGGUUUUGACUCCUGAGUAUAUGGGCCAGCGACCAUGUAACAAUGUUUCUUCUGAUAAGACUGGUGAUAAAGGCCUUUCUAUGCCAGGAGUCCCCAAAGCUCCACCCAUGCAAGUAGAAGGAUCUGCCAAAGAAUUACAGGCACCACGGAAACGCACAGUCAAAGUGACACUGACACCUCUAAAAAUGGAAAAUGAGAGUCAAUCCAAAAAUGCCCUGAAAGAAAGUAGUCCUGCUUCCCCUUUGCAAAUAGAGUCAACAUCUCCCACAGAACCAAUUUCAGCCUCUGAAAAUCCAGGAGAUGGUCCAGUGGCCCAACCAAGCCCCAAUAAUACCUCAUGCCAGGAUUCUCAAAGUAACAACUAUCAGAAUCUUCCAGUACAGGACAGAAACCUAAUGCUUCCAGAUGGCCCCAAACCUCAGGAGGAUGGCUCUUUUAAAAGGAGGUAUCCCCGUCGCAGUGCCCGUGCACGUUCUAACAUGUUCUUUGGGCUUACCCCGCUCUAUGGGGUAAGAUCCUAUGGUGAAGAAGACAUUCCAUUCUACAGCAGCUCAACUGGGAAGAAGCGAGGCAAGAGAUCAGCUGAAGGACAGGUGGAUGGGGCUGAUGACUUAAGCACUUCAGAUGAAGACGACUUAUACUAUUACAACUUCACUAGAACAGUGAUUUCUUCAGGUGGAGAGGAGCGACUGGCAUCCCAUAAUUUAUUUCGGGAGGAGGAACAGUGUGAUCUUCCAAAAAUCUCACAGUUGGAUGGUGUUGAUGAUGGGACAGAGAGUGAUACUAGUGUCACAGCCACAACAAGGAAAAGCAGCCAGAUUCCAAAAAGAAAUGGUAAAGAAAAUGGAACAGAGAACUUAAAAAUUGAUCGACCCGAAGAUGCUGGGGAGAAAGAACAUGUCAUUAAGAGUUCUGUUGGCCACAAAAAUGAGCCAAAGAUGGAUAACUGCCAUUCUGUAAGCAGAGUUAAAACACAGGGACAGGAUUCCUUGGAAGCUCAGCUCAGCUCAUUGGAGUCAAGCCGCAGAGUCCACACAAGUACCCCCUCCGACAAAAAUUUACUGGACACCUAUAAUACUGAGCUCCUGAAAUCAGAUUCAGACAAUAACAACAGUGAUGACUGUGGGAAUAUCCUGCCUUCAGACAUUAUGGACUUUGUACUAAAGAAUACUCCAUCCAUGCAGGCUUUGGGUGAGAGCCCAGAGUCAUCUUCAUCAGAACUCCUGAAUCUUGGUGAAGGUUUGGGUCUUGACAGUAAUCGUGAAAAAGACAUGGGUCUUUUUGAAGUAUUUUCUCAGCAGCUGCCUACAACAGAACCUGUGGAUAGUAGUGUCUCUUCCUCUAUCUCAGCAGAGGAACAGUUUGAGUUGCCUCUAGAGCUACCAUCUGAUCUGUCUGUCUUGACCACCCGGAGUCCCACUGUCCCCAGCCAGAAUCCCAGUAGACUAGCUGUUAUCUCAGACUCAGGGGAGAAGAGAGUAACCAUCACAGAAAAAUCUGUAGCCUCCUCUGAAGGUGACCCAGCACUGCUGAGCCCAGGAGUAGAUCCAACUCCUGAAGGCCACAUGACUCCUGAUCAUUUUAUCCAAGGGCACAUGGAUGCAGACCACAUCUCUAGCCCUCCUUGUGGUUCAGUAGAGCAAGGUCAUGGCAACAAUCAGGAUUUAACUAGAAACAGUAGCACCCCUGGCCUUCAGGUACCUGUUUCCCCAACUGUUCCUAUCCAGAACCAGAAGUAUGUGCCCAAUUCUACUGAUAGUCCUGGCCCGUCUCAGAUUUCCAAUGCAGCUGUCCAGACCACUCCACCCCACCUGAAGCCAGCCACUGAGAAACUCAUAGUUGUUAACCAGAACAUGCAGCCACUUUAUGUUCUCCAAACUCUUCCAAAUGGAGUGACCCAAAAAAUCCAAUUGACCUCUUCCGUUAGUUCUACACCCAGUGUGAUGGAGACAAAUACUUCAGUACUGGGGCCCAUGGGAAGUGGUCUCACCCUCACCACAGGACUAAAUCCAAGCUUGCCAACUUCUCAAUCUUUGUUCCCUUCUGCUAGCAAAGGAUUGCUACCCAUGUCUCAUCACCAGCACUUACAUUCCUUCCCUGCAGCUACUCAAAGUAGUUUCCCACCCAACAUCAGCAGUCCUCCUUCAGGCCUGCUUAUUGGGGUUCAGCCUCCUCCAGAUCCCCAACUUUUGGUUUCAGAAUCCAGCCAGAGGACAGACCUCAAUACCACAGUAGCCACUCCAUCCUCUGGACUCAAGAAAAGACCCAUAUCUCGUCUACAGACCCGAAAGAAUAAAAAACUUGCUCCCUCUAGUACCCCUUCAAACAUUGCCCCUUCCGAUGUGGUUUCUAAUAUGACAUUGAUUAACUUCACACCCUCCCAGCUUCCUAAUCAUCCCAAUCUGUUAGAUUUGGGGUCACUUAAUACUUCAUCUCACCGAACUGUCCCCAACAUCAUAAAAAGAUCUAAAUCUAGCAUCAUGUAUUUUGAACCGGCACCCCUGUUACCACAGAGUGUGGGAGGAACUGCUGCCACAGCAGCGGGCACAUCAACAAUAAGCCAGGAUACUAGCCACCUCACAUCAGGGUCUGUGUCUGGCUUGGCAUCCAGUUCCUCUGUCUUGAAUGUUGUAUCCAUGCAAACUACCACAACCCCUACAAGUAGUGCGUCAGUUCCAGGACAUGUCACCUUAACCAACCCAAGGUUGCUUGGUAGCCCAGAUAUUGGCUCAAUAAGCAAUCUUUUAAUCAAAGCUAGCCAGCAGAGCCUGGGGAUUCAGGACCAGCCUGUGGCUUUACCGCCAAGUUCAGGAAUGUUUCCACAACUGGGGACAUCACAGACCCCCUCUACUGCUGCAAUGACAGCGGCAUCUAGCAUCUGUGUGCUCCCCUCCAUUCAGACUACGGGCAUAACAGCCGCUUCACCUUCUGGGGAAGCAGAUGAACACUAUCAGCUUCAGCAUGUGAACCAGCUCCUUGCCAGCAAAACUGGGAUUCAUUCUUCCCAGCGUGAUCUUGAUUCUGCUUCAGGGCCCCAGGUAUCCAACUUUACCCAGAUGGUAGACGCUCCUAAUAGCGUGGGGCUGGAGCAGAACAAGGCUUUAUCCUCAGCUGUGCAAGCCAGCUCCACCUCUCCUGGGGGUUCUCCAUCCUCUCCAUCUUCCGGACAGCGGUCAGCAAGCCCUUCAGUGCCAGGUCCCACUAAACCCAAACCAAAAACCAAACGGUUUCAGCUGCCUCUAGACAAAGGGAAUGGCAAGAAGCACAAAGUUUCCCAUUUGCGGACCAGUUCUUCUGAAGCACACAUUCCAGACCAAGAAACAACGUCCCUGACCUCAGGCACAGGGACUCCAGGAGCAGAGGCUGAGCAGCAGGAUACAGCUAGUGUGGAGCAGUCCUCCCAGAAGGAGUGUGGGCAACCUGCAGGGCAAGUGGCUGUUCUUCCGGAAGUUCAGGUGACCCAAAAUCCAGCAAAUGAACAAGAAAGUACAGAACCUAAAGCAGUGGAAGAAGAAGAAAGUAAUUUCAGCUCCCCACUGAUGCUUUGGCUUCAGCAAGAACAAAAGCGGAAGGAAAGCAUUACUGAGAAAAAACCCAAGAAAGGACUUGUUUUUGAAAUUUCCAGUGAUGAUGGCUUUCAGAUCUGUGCAGAAAGUAUUGAAGAUGCCUGGAAGUCAUUGACAGAUAAAGUCCAGGAAGCUCGAUCAAAUGCCCGCCUAAAGCAGCUCUCAUUUGCAGGUGUUAAUGGUUUGAGGAUGCUGGGGAUUCUCCAUGAUGCAGUUGUGUUCCUCAUUGAGCAGCUGUCUGGUGCCAAGCACUGUCGAAAUUACAAAUUCCGUUUCCACAAGCCAGAGGAGGCCAAUGAACCCCCCUUGAACCCUCACGGCUCAGCUAGGGCUGAAGUCCACCUCAGGAAGUCAGCAUUUGACAUGUUUAACUUCCUGGCUUCUAAACAUCGUCAGCCUCCUGAAUACAACCCCAAUGAUGAAGAAGAGGAGGAGGUACAGCUGAAGUCAGCUCGGAGGGCAACUAGCAUGGAUCUGCCAAUGCCCAUGCGUUUCCGGCAUUUAAAAAAGACUUCUAAGGAGGCAGUUGGUGUCUACAGGUCUCCCAUCCAUGGCCGGGGUCUUUUCUGUAAGAGAAACAUUGAUGCAGGUGAGAUGGUGAUUGAGUAUGCCGGCAACGUCAUCCGCUCCAUCCAGACUGACAAGCGGGAAAAGUAUUAUGACAGCAAGGGCAUUGGUUGCUAUAUGUUCCGAAUCGAUGACUCAGAGGUAGUAGAUGCCACCAUGCAUGGAAAUGCUGCACGCUUCAUCAAUCACUCGUGUGAGCCUAACUGCUAUUCUCGGGUCAUCAAUAUUGAUGGGCAGAAGCACAUUGUCAUCUUUGCCAUGCGUAAGAUCUACCGAGGAGAGGAACUCACUUACGACUAUAAGUUCCCCAUUGAGGAUGCCAGCAACAAGCUGCCCUGCAACUGUGGCGCCAAGAAAUGCCGGAAGUUCCUAAACUAAAGCUGCUCUUCUCCCCCAGUGUUGGAGUGCAAGGACGCGGGGCCAUCCAAAGCAACGCUGAAGGCCUUUUCCAGCAGCUGGGAGCUCCCGGAUUGCGUGGGCACAGCUGAGGGGCCUCUGUGAUGGCUGAGCUCUCUUAUGUCCUAUACUCACAUCAGACAUGUGAUCAUAGUCCCAGAGACAGAGUUGAGGUCUCCAAGAAAAGAUCCACGAUCGGCUUUCUCCUGGGGCCCCUCCAGUUGUUUACCGUUAGAAAGUGGGAAUGGGGUCCCUAGCAGACUUGCCUGGAAGGAGCCUAUUAUAGAGGGUUGGUUAUGUUGGGAGAUUGGGCCUGAAUUUCUCCACAGAAAUAAGUUGCCAUCCUCAAGUUGGCCCUUUCCCAAGCACUAUAAGUGAGUGGGUCAGGCAAAGCCCCAAAUGGAGGGUUGAUCGGAUUCCUGACAGUUUGCCAGCCAGGCCCCACCUACGGCGUCUGUCGAACAAACAGAGGUCUGGUGGUUUUCCCUACUAUCCUCCCACUCGAGAGUUCACUUCUGGUUGGGAGACAGGAUUCCUAGCACCUCCGGUGUCAAAAGGCUGUCAUGGGGUUGUGCCAAUUAAUUACCAAACAUUGAGCCUGCAGGCUUUGAGUGGGAGUGUUGCCCCCAGGAGCCUUAUCUCAGCCAAUUACCUUUCUUGACAGUAGGAGCGGCUUCCCUCUCCCAUUCCCUCUUCACUCCCUUUUCUUCCUUUCCCCUGUCUUCAUCCCACUGCUUUCCCAUGCUUCUUUCUGGGUUGUAGGGGAGACUGACUGCCUGCUCAAGGACACUCCCUGCUGGGCAUAGGAUGUGCCUGCAAAAAGUUCCCUGAGCCUGUAAGCACUCCAGGUGGGGAAGUGGACAGGAGCCAUUGGUCAUAACCAGACAGAAUUUGGAAACAUUUUCAUGAAGCUCCACAGAGAGUUUUAAAGAAACAUAUGUAGCAUGAUUUUUUAGGAGAGGAAAAAGAUUAUUUAAAUAGGAUUUAAAUCAUGCAACAACGAGAGUAUCACAGCCAGGAUGACCCCUGGGUCCCAUUCCUAAGACAUGGUUACUUUAUUUUCCCCUUGUUAAGACAUAGGAAGACUUAAUUUUUAAACGGUCAGUGUCCAGUUGAAGGCAGAACACUAAUCAGAUUUCAAGGCCCACAACUUGGGGACUAGACCACCACCUUAUGUUGAGGGAACUCUGCCACCUGCGUGCAACCCACGGCUAAAGUAAAUUCAAUGACACUACUGCCCUGAUUACUCCUUAGGAUGUGGUCAAAACAGCAUCAAAUGUUUCUUCUCUUCCUUUCCCCAAGACAGUGUCCUGAACCUGUUAAAUUAAGUCAUUGGAUUUUACUCUGUUCUGUUUACAGUUUACUAUUUAAGGUUUUAUAAAUGUAAAUAUAUUUUGUAUAUUUUUCUAUGAGAAGCACUUCAUAGGGAGAAGCACUUAUGACAAGGCUAUUUUUUAAACCGCGGUAUUAUCCUAAUUUAAAAGAAGAUCGGUUUUUAAUAAUUUUUUAUUUUCAUAGGAUGAAGUUAGAGAAAAUACUCAGCUGUACACACAAAGUCUGGUUUUUCCUGCCCAACUUCCCCCUGGAAGGUGUACUUUUUGUUGUUUAAUGUGUAGCUUGUUUGUGCCCUGUUGACAUAAAUGUUUCCUGGGUUUGCUCUUCGACAAUAAAUGGAGAAGGAAGGUCACCCAACUCCAUUGGGCCACUCCCCUCCUUCCCCUAUUGAAGCUCCUCAAAAGGCUACAGUAAUAUCUUGAUACAACAGAUUCUCUUCUUCUUUCCCGCCUCUCUCCUUUCCGGCGCAACUUCCAGAGUGGUGGGAGACGGCAAUCUUUACAUUUCCCUCAUCUUUCUUACUUCAGAGUUAGCAAACAAGUUGAAUGGCAACUUGACAUUUUCCGUCACCAUCUGCCGCAUAGGCCACUCUUUCCUUUCCCUCUGACCACCAAGUCCUCAUAUCUGCAGAGAACCCAUUGAUCACCUUGUGCCCUCUUGGGGCAGCCCGUUGAAACUGAAGCACAGUCUGACCACUCAUGAUAAAGCAGAUUUUUCUCUGCCUCUGCCACAAGGUUUCAGAGUAGUGUAGUCCAAGUAGAGGGUGGGGCACCCUUUUCUCGCCGCAAGAAGCCCAUUCCUAUGAAAGUCUAGCAAAGCAAUACGACUCAGCCCAGCACUCUCUACCCCAGGACUCAUGGCUCUGCUGUGCCUUCCAUCCUGGGCUCCCUUCUGUCCUGUGACCUUAAGAACUUUGUCUGGUGGCUUUGCUGGAACAUUGUCACUGUUUUCACUGUCAUGCAGGGAGCCCAGCACUGUGGCCAGGAUGGCAGAGACUUCCUUGUCAUCAUGGAGAAGUGCCAGCAGGGGACUGGGGAAAGCACUCUACCCAGACCUCACCUCCCUUCCUCCUUUUGCCCAUGAACAAGAUGCAGUGGCCCUAGGGGUUCCACUGGUGUCUGCUUUCCUUUAUUAUUGCACUGUGUGAGGUUUUUUUGUAAAUCCUUGUAUUCCUAUUUUUUUUAAAGAAAAAAAAAAAAAACUUAAGCUGCAUUUGUUACUGAAAUGAUUAAUGCACUGAUGGGUCCUGAAUUCACCUUGAGAAAGACCCAAAGGCCAGUCAGGGGGUGGGGGGAACUCAGCUAAAUAGACCUAGUUACUGCCCUGCUAGGCCAUGCUGUACUGUGAGCCCCCUCCUCACUCUCUACCAACCCUAAACCGAGGACAGGGGAGGAACCCACAGCUUCCUUCUCCUGCCAGCUGCAGAUGGUUUGCCUUGCCUUUCCACCCCCUAAUUGUCAACCACAAAAAUGAGAAAUUCCUCUUCUAGCUCAGCCUUGAGUCCAUUGCCAAAUUUUCAGCACACCUGCCAGCAACUUGGGGGGAUAAGCGAAGGUUUCCCUACAAGAGGGAAAGAAGGCAAAAAUGGCACAGCUCUCUCCAAACACAUCUGAGUUCAUUUCAAAAGUGACCAAGGGAAUCUCCACACACAAGUGCAGAUUGAGGAAUUGUGGUGGGUCAUUCCCAAGAAUCCCCCAAGGGGCAUCCCAAAUCCCUAAGGAGUAACAGCUGCAAACCUGGUCAGUUCUCAGUGAGAGCCAGCUCACUUAUAGCUUUGCUGCUAGAACCUGUUGUGGCUGCAUUUCCUGGUGGCCAGUGACAACUGUGUAACCAGAAUAGCUGCAUGGCGCUGACCCUUUGGCCGGAACUUGGUCUCUUGGCUCCCUCCUUGGCCACCCACCACCUCUCGCACAGCCCCUCUGUUUUUACACCAAUAACAAGAAUUAAGGGGGAAGCCCUGGCAGCUAUCCGUUUUCAACCAGACUCCUUUGCCGGGACCCAGCCCGCCACCCUGCUCGCCUCUGUCAAACCCCCGGCCAAUGCAGUGAGCACCAUGUAGCUCCCUUGAUUUAAAAAAAAAAAAAAAAAAAAAAAAAAAAAAAAAGGAAAAAAAAAUACAAUACACACACAAAAAUAAAAAAAAAUCUUCUAAUGAAUGUAUCUUUCUAAAGGACUGACGUUCAAUCAAAUAUCUGAAAAUACUAAAGGUCAAAACCUUGUCAGAUGUUAACUUUUAAGUUCGGUUUGGGAUUUUUUUUUUUUUUUUAAUAGAAAUCAAGUUGUUUUUGUUUUUAAGGAAAAGCGGGUCAUUGCAAAGGGCUGGGUGUAAUUUUAUGUUUCAUUUCCUUCAUUUUAAAGCAAUACAAGGUUAUUGAGCAGAUGGUUUUGUGCCGAAUCAUGAAUACUAGUCAAGUCACACACUCUGGAAACUUGCAAGUUUUGUUUUGGUUUUCAAAUAAAUAUAAAUAUGAUAUAUAUAGGAACUAAUAUAGUAAUGCACCAUGUAACAAAGCCUAGUUCAGUCCAUGGCUUUUAAUUCUCUUUUAACACUAUAGAUAAGGAUUGUGUUACAGUUGCUAGUAGCGGCAGGAAGAUGUCAGGCUCACUUUCCUCUGAUUCCCGAAAUGGGGGGGAACCUCUAACCAUAAAGGAAUGGUAGAACAGUCCAUUCCUCGGAUCAGAGAAAAAUGCAGACAUGGUGUCACCUGGAUUUUUUUCUGCCCAUGAAUGUUGCCAGUCAGUACCUGUCCUCCUUGUUUCUCUAUUUUUGGUUAUGAAUGUUGGGGUUACCACCUGCAUUUAGGGGAAAAUUGUGUUCUGUGCUUUCCUGGUAUCUUGUUCCGAGGUACUCUAGUUCUGUCUUUCAACCAAGAAAAUAGAAUUGUGGUGUUUCUUUUAUUGAACUUUUAACAGUCUCUUUAGUAAAUACAGGUAGUUGAAUAAUUGUUUCAAGAGCUCAACAGAUGACAAGCUUCUUUUCUAGAAAUAAGACAUUUUUUGACAACUUUAUCAUGUAUAACAGAUCUGUUUUUUUUUUCCUUGUGUUCUUCCAAGCUUCUGGUUAGAGAAAAAGAGAAAAAAAAAAGGAAAAUGUGUCUAAAGUCCAUCAGUGUUAACUCCCUGCGACAGGGAUGAAGGAAAAUACUUUAAUAGUUCAAAAAAUAAUAAUGCUGAAAGCUCUCUACGAAAGACUGAAUGUAAAAGUAAAAAGUGUACAUAGUUGUAAAAAAAAGGAGUUUUUAAACAUGUUUAUUUUCUAUGCACUUUUUUUUAUUUAAGUGAUAGUUUAAUUAAUAAACAUGUCAAGUUUAUUGCUGCA